AGGAUAUACUAGUUAUCUGUAGUCUAACAAUGGUAUGGGUAGGUGUGGUUGCGGUAAACGCUACACUGGUGAAAGCUAGUGUAGUUGUUUCUUGUUGUCUUUGUCUCUGGUUCGUUUUCUGGAUUUUCUCUCUAUUUGGUUGGUUUUGUCCACUGGUGUUGCUCUCUCCAUGGCUUUCAGUGUUCGAUCCUAAUCGUUGUUGGCCUGUUA